AUGUGGACAACUAUAAAUGAACCAUCCGUUAUAAGUAUUGCGGGGUAUGACACGGGCAACAAAGCAGUUGGAAGGUGCUCGAAAUGGGUGAAUAGUAAGUGUCAAGCCGGUGACUCGGCAACCGAGCCUUACAUUGUAUCACAUCAUCUUCUUCUUUCUCAUGCAGCGGCAGUACAAGAGUUCCGAAAAUGUAACAAGACUUCAAAAGAUGGUAAGAUUGGGAUUGUGAUAUCGCCUCCGUGGCUUGAACCUUACGACUUCACUUCAUCUGCCGACAAACAUGCUGUUGAACGAGGCCUUACCGUAGAAAUAGAUUGGCAUCUAGAUCCGGUAGUUUACGGCGAUUAUCCAAAAAUCAUGAAAAAACACGCCGGUAGCAGAUUACCUUCUUUCACAGCAGAACAGUCAAAGAUGUUAAGAAAUUCAUAUGACUUCAUUGGAAUAAACUAUUACACUGCACGCUUCGUCGCUCAUCGUCCUCACAUUGACCCUGCACUGCGUCGAUUCAGGACUGAUCAUCAAUUUGAGAGGAAAGGAAUCAAUGACUACGAUGACGGUACAAAAUCACGAGAUGAGAUUCUCAACGAUACAUUUAGGAUAAGCUAUCAUACGGACCACCUUCAACAACUCCAUAAAGCUAUAAUAGAUGAUGGAUGUGACGUCAGAGGAUAUUACACGUGGUCGUUACUAGACAACUUUGAGUGGGAGCAUGGAUACUCUACUAGAUUCGGUCUUUACUACAUUGACCGCGAAAACGAUCUUAAACGGUAUCCUAAAGAUUCCGUCCACUGGUUCAAACAGUUUCUCAAUAGACCGGUGCUAAAAAGUGAACAAACAGAGAAUGAAGAAGGUUGGAAGGAAGAAAAUAAUAACAACACUUUGGAUGAUUCAGAAGGUUUUGAGACAUCGAUUGAUUCUAUUAUAAAUCUCAUGACAAACACAUCGAGAAUAGAAGAAGAGGGAAAUGAUAUUUGCGCUUUUGAGAAUCCUAAUGAUCAGCUCGGUCUCUUGUUGGGGCCGCAAAAGUUAUUUGGAACUCUAGAGAACCUUUUGUGA